AUGGUGUGGAGCAUCAGUCUUCGUGAGCAGGUGACAUGCCACAACAGGUUUGCCAUCCUGUCGCAACCAGAUGAGGAUGAAGAUGAGCUCAUUGCUUUGAACGACAUGUUCUUCGACUGGGAUGAGCUGGAGAACAGGUGGAAUGAGAUGAAUGAGCCUUGGGAGCUUCAUGAUUUUUCCUUCAUGGGGAGGUUCUCAUGGUCUGAUGAGUCAGAGAAGACUGGGGUUGCUCAGCAUGUUUACCAGCACGAGCAUGUCAACAGCAUGAGCCGCAGCAGCAAGGGCAUGAGAGAAGUGAAGAAGCAUGCUGUUGUGAGAGACAAGAAAGCAGCAUGCAGUGAGCCCAUGCCUCAGAUCAUGCCAGCUCCCAUUCGAGAUGAGGGCUUGCGGCAGAGGCUGCAUGAGAGCAUUCUGAGCAUGCAGUUGACAAGGCAUUCGCAGUACCAUGCGAUUCGCAGCAUCAUGAGAAAGGCAUUCAAGACGCAUGCGAAAAAGGAGCGACGACUCAAGCGCCAGCAUGAGCAAUUGAAGACCUCUGCAUUCUUCGAUUGGGACGAGUUAGAUGCUGCUGAAGACAAUGAGCUGAGCAAGCGAUCAAACUCAUGGUUCGAUUGGGAUGAGCUGAGUUCUGCUGAAGCCAUCAGCAAGGCCAGCAUGGGGAAAGCAUGUAAAUGUGCCUGUGAUGAACAUGAGAAGGCAGAAAGGGAGUACUGGCGAAGCAUGAUGCGAAUGAGGGGAGGCGGUGAUGAGUCGCAGCAUGAGCAGGAGCAAGAGAAUGAGGAGACAGCCAUAGUCCUGGACGAUGAGGACAAAGCCCUCUGCCAGACUCCUGUGGCACAGAAAGAAGCGGAUGAGAGCAUGAGCCCACCCACGGACCGUGUCAAGCGACAGCUGAGCUUUGGAUCGGCUUCAUCAGCCGAGUCCAAGCAGUCAAGGCUGCAUAAGUUCUUCCGGUCUCCGUCAUCCUUCUCUGACGACAGCAGCAUCCAUGAGACGCCCAGUCCGCCGCCCAAGAGGCCAAGAAAUCGCAUGGAAGACACUCUUCGUGAGAUGUUGAAGAGUGGGCAGCUGUCGCUUGAUGGGAAGAAGCUGACCCUGACAGCCCAUGAGGAUGUCAUGCCCAAGCUGCAGCAGGAGGUGGGCAAGAAGUCUGGGAGGUUCGGAGGUCGGCCCAUGAAGCCGGUCAGCGAGAGGAGAGGGAUCAUGGGUGGCCAGAAGUCCAACCGGAGAAAGGCCAAUGAGAAACCUCGGCAGUUUGAGUUGUCUGUGUCCAUGAAGAACCGCAUCUGCCAGCAAAUCUAUGAGACCCGUGGGCACCAUCCCGCUGAGCAAGACAUGCUCAAGGCCUUUGCAAAGAAGAGCAAGAUGAGGUUGGACAAGCUGCAGGACAUCUGGGCCAACAGGAGCACAUGGGCUCAUGUCGAAAAGAAGGACUAUGGCAACAUGAUCGGUGGGGAGCAUUCCAAGCAGAGGCCAAGGAUGAGAGCAGAAGGUGCUGUUGCCAAGCGACAAUUCCCUGAGGUCGUCCAGAAACUUGGCCAUUGGCUUGACAAAGAACGAGCCCAUGGUCAUCAGGUGCUGCAGCGGCACCUGGCAUGGCAGUAUGAGCUGCUCCUUCAGGAACACAUGGUUGAGCUUACGGAGCUGCUUGAGUCUGAGAAGAGUAAGGACAUGAGCACAGAGGAGCGGCAGCAGCAUGAGGUGAAGCUAAAGCUUGCAGAGAAGCAGAUUGAGGCCAUGCAUGGGAGCGAGAAGCUGAUGAACAAAAGGGCAAAGACAUUGGCCACAUGGCUUGGGGCUGAGACGAGGGUUCCAAACCUCGUGACCCAGAUCAGUUCCGUGGAGCAGCAGGUGAGGGCUGAGCUCUCGUGGCAACACCAUGACUGGUGCAUUCACAAGGUGGCAUCAGCAGAUGAGGACUUCAUGAGACAGUACUUUGCCAGGCCCAAUGAGAUCACCCCAGCCAUUAGAAAGGCAUGUGUUCUGGGCUUCUCCGAUCAGGUGCCACUCUGGCUGAAGUCUGGGUCCAAGAAAGAAAUCAUGGCUUCAUGGGAAGUAGCAGGCCUCAAGAAGAAGAAGCAGCAUCCGCACCUGCAUGAGCCGCAGCAGACCGCAGAUGAGACACACCCGGCAGCUGAGGAGCCUCAUGAGGAGUCGAAAGCUGAGGAGCCUCAUGAGGAGUCGAAAGCUGAGGAGCAUCAUGAGAAGCAGCCACAUGAGCAGGAGGAACCAGGUGAUGAGUGGAAGCUCGCCAUGCCAGAUGAGAAGCAUGAGAUGGCCCAUUUGACCACCCGUCGGCAAGAGAAGGCCGAUAGGUACAGGGUCACAUUUGAGGCCAUGCAGCUCGUGAGUGGCUUCUUCGACCAUGAGAAGACCCCCGAAGGCCACUGCAUGAGAGGCAUUCUGAUAGUUCCCGGCCAGCAUGCACGGUUGGAUAACAUUGACGAGCAUGGGAAAUGGAAAGAGGAUGAGACAUUCUUCUACAUGGGUCAAGAGAGACGCCACAUCAGAGGUGAGAGCUGCGGCCGAGCUCUCAUCAGCUGGCGAAAGCUGCGAGAUGAGAUGCCACAAGCAUUCCGGCAUUUCUCCGUCAUGAGCCAGCCUGCAUCCAACAGCGAUGGGAUUUGCUUGCCAUGGGUCAUAAAGGAUCAGGCUAGGCAGUUCCCAUUGAGUGUGUGGAUGAGGGAUGCGUAUGGGCCUGCAUUCACAUCAGAUACGGUCAAGACCCUCUUCAUGGGGCAUCAGGUUCAGUCGAGCAUCAUGCCGAAGAUGACAUCAGCAUUACAGCUCACUGAUACAGAUUUUUCACAUGCCUUUAAGGCAUCAGUGAGAAGAGCCAUCGAUGAGCAGAGCAUGAGGCAGGCGGCUCGCCGGAAUGAGGAGGAUGGGCACCAUGAGCAGCAGUUCCCGAAGAUGGGCAUCAAGGAGAUGGCAUUGGCCAUCGACGCUGCCAUGGAGCACAUGAUCCAGAUGAAUGAGAAGACGGAAUGGGUCCUGGCUGGGCUCCGCCGCAAUGGGUUCUUGGCCCUGAGACCUGAUGAGCAUGGCAAGAUGAGGAAGUGCGAUCACGAGGCAUGGGCCAAGGACAAGCCAUUGGGCUGCAAGAGGAUCCAUCCGACAUGGGUCGCCAAUCGGUAUCAGCAUGAGAACAAUGGAGACAUUGAGAAACCCAAUUGGGCUCGCAUUGAGGGAGCCACUGAGUUGAGUGACCUGGCCCAUUGGCACUACAACGAUGGGUUCAAGGAUGCCCCAAGCUGGGAGGACAUCCCAUUUGAUGAGCAUUCCGAGCCUGAAUGGCAGGCAUGCGCCAAGUUCCAGAUGCCAUUAGACCUGAGAAGGGCCAUGCUGGCAAGAGAGGCGACCAUGAGCGAUCAAGCCAAGGAAAAGAGGGAGAGGAGAAGAGAGAAGAAUAAGACCAGGCGGCAGAAGAAGCAACAGGAGCAUCAGCUCACGGAUGAGGUCCGGGAGGAGCUGAGAGCAAGCAUGCAGGAAACCUCCAGGCUCCUCGCCCUUCCUACUUGCCCUAAACCCCCAUGA